GAGUCUUGUGAUUUGGGUUCUGUCGUGUGUUAUUUUAUAAUAACAAAUUCAGUUUCAGUUUAUUGACAAUGGCGUGCCUACAGUGCACCUCUGUAAUAGAUAAAAAUGAAUAAUAUUAUACUGCCGAUAAUAUGGGUCCCGAAAUAAUUUCCGUCAUCGAGCGGCAUCUUGGCCAUCUGGUUGAUGGAAUGAUGUGCUCACAAUGCUUUGCUAUCAUAAUGCAAGAAAUGUCUAAUGAUAGUGUUCUUGCACACGGAGAUCAUGAACUCAGCGUUGCCAUGAUAGCAAUGUUUAUGUUAGGUGUAGGACAUCUUUGUUUAGGACGUGUGCUCACUCGAUUCCCGAGGGUGCAGAAAGGCAAUAUAUUGCUGAAACAAUUGCUCCAAGAGAGAUACCAGAGGGUGCCUUAAUAUAUUUACUUGUUGGGUACAUACAACAACAAGCAUACAUAGCAGCUUCUACUCUUAUGAAUAUGAAUGCAGGUGUAUGGUGCUGACGGUCUCUUGCCCAGAUACAUAGCCACUAUACCUGAAGGACCUGAAUGGACCAUAAUAACAGAAACAAUAUAUCCAAGAGAGAUUCCACCAGGAGGACUGGUUUGCUAUGCUUGUUGGGUAGCAGCACAUAGAAAUGUGGAGCAUGCUACAAGGAUUGAGGAUAAUCGGCAAACUCCAGCCCCAUCUAGCCUUCACCAAGACUAUGUGUGUAUGGUGUAGAAUGUCGCUACACCGAAGACUAACACACAUGGCUAGUGGCCCUGUGAGAGAUGAAGUUCCAGCAAGAAUUUACCCAAAUGAGGUUAGAUUAUUUUAAUUUACCAAACCACCAUACACAAGUAACGUUACUGUACUUUCAACUAUUAGUAACCCUAUCUGUUGCCCCUAUGAGUAAAUUGUUUUUUUUAUUGUUUCAGUUACCAUAACAUGAGCUUUUUUGUUCCAACUGCUAGACAAAUGCCCAGGAAAAUAUAGGAAUGGAGCAAGAAGUGGUGCAACAAUUUGAUAUGCAGCCACCAAGUGCAUCAAUAACACUUGAUGGUUUUACACACACAACACAGACAAGUGCUCAUUGUUUUGUGCCGGCUUGUAGCAACAUAGAACGAAAUAGAGUGCCGGAAUACUUAAGAAAAAUUAUAUUAAAAACUCAAAAAAUAUUUGUGACUUUGGAAAAAAUAUUAUUGAUUCCCAAUCCCACAAGAAAUGAUUUAAUUAAUAGGAAUUUAUUACUACCCGAAGGCUUGUUUGGAAACAAAGAGGCAAGAGUACCUAUAAUAAUAUGUGAUGGUACCUAUAUAUAUAUAUCUUCAAAAAUCAUCCAACUACAUGUUUCAAAAACAUACUUAUAGCUUGCACAAAUAUAGAAACCUUGUUAAAUCUUUUCUCAUUGUUGCCACUAAUGGUUACAUUAUUGAUAUUUUGGGGCCCUAUCCAGCAACAAAAUCAGAUUCUGACAUCAUGAAAGCUUUAUUCCAAAAUGAAAACGAGGGUCUAAGGGCUUUUUUCAGCCCAAUGAUGUUUUCAUUUUGGAUUGAGGCUUUCGUGAUUCCAUUCUAAUGGUAGAGGGCCCUAACAAAGCCCAACGGCUUCAAAGUAUUUAAACCAGAGUCCUUAGAGCAAGGAGAGACUCGAUUAUCGACCAUCAAUGCGAACAAAACAAGGUAUGUGAUACUAUGCAGAUGGGUGGUAGAGGUAGUUAAUGGUCGAUUUAAAAGAGACAAAGCUACUGAGACAUGAAUAUUUUAAUUUGGCUGCCACCCAUUUGAUGGACUAUGUUCAUAUUUGUGCAGCUAUAAUUACUGCCUUCCAUCCAGUGAUUAAAAAUAGACCAGAUGCUUAUACUAUACUUACUCGAGCAAUGCAGAGAAAAAAUAUGCCCAACCGGUUAACAGAACUUAUAAUUGCUAACCGGAUCAACCGCUUUACUGACUUACUAACUUAAUACUUUUUGGGUUAGGUACCUAUCAAAUAAAACAGGCUAGAAGCUAUUUCUGGGAACACAUUAGGCAGCAUGGAUCAUUUCAGAUAGAAGUAUCGGACGAACUGGAAGUAGUAGCAGAAGCAACCCUAUCCCAACUUGAUCCUUUUUUAAUAAGAGGCCAUAUAAAAUCUCGACAUGCUCAGGACAAACAUAUACCUACAUAUUACUGGCAAGGGAAGGAUCAAGUGGGGAUGAUAAAAUAAUUAGCUAUUGUAAUUGUAUCUUCGGACAACGGACAAUGGGUUGCUGUGCUCAUGUCAUGACCUUUGUGUGGUAUUUGGGUUGGGCUCAGUACCAAGAGAGCAUAGAAGCACCGGUGUCAUUCCUGGAUGGAAUAUUAAUAAGGGAUGAUGUGGAAAACGAAUAAAAUCAUAAGUCCC